GACAUCGCCAUGUCUAGAUCCAACAGUCAUUCGAAGAAAAAGCCCGAUUACCUCUCAAAUGACUCAGAUACCUCCCGCAUUUCUUCGUUUGAUUCCAAACAGCCAUUCCCUCCCCUCUCGCCCGAUGACCUCGCCGCAACGUCUCCUUCCCACGAUGCGGAUAACGACCACUAUCAGGACAUAAUAACGUCGCCUUCACAUGCGGAUUCCGAAGCAGAAGAGGACGAGGCCGAUUUUCAGACGCAAUAUUCUUUGAAUAAUCAGUACAUCUCGGACGCAUCCACGGAUUCAGAGGAACAGUCGCCUGAGGAUGGCAUCGCAAUGCAUCAUCCGUUUCGACAGUCAUCUAGCUCGCUCCAUGGACCCAAUGCCUUUGCGCCCCCCUUCUACAAUCGACCUCCAACACCUUUGCCACCUUCUCCGUCAUUGACCUCUCUCUUGCGUCCUCCUUUCUCUACAACCACGUCGCGACCUACCACCCCUGACAGUUCGGACGUGGAAACCCCCAACGACACCGAAGCUGCGGUCGCAAAGUCGGCACGGCGCGCAACGACCGUUCCUCGAGCGAGUCCAAAGGUUCCGACCUACGAAUACUAUGGCUUUGUUCUGUACCUUGCCUCGUCGCUGGCCUUUUUGAUGUAUAUCCUCUGGUCAUAUCUGCCGUCGCCGUUUCUACAUCAACUGGGCAUAUACUACUAUCCUAAUCGAUGGUGGUCAUUGGCAUUCCCGUCAUGGCUGGUCAUUUCCAUUAUCUACAUUUAUGUUGCCCUGGCAUCCUACAACACAGGGUACCUAACAUUGCCGAUGAACAGUGUCGAGAAUAUUGUCGAUGAAGUGGCCAAUGUAUCUGUCAUUGAUGGUAAAGGGCGACGACGUCCCGGUGGCGCCGCGAAGAUGAGACCGGGCGCAACCUCUUUUCAGAUCAUGGGUCCGCAGAAUCGAAAACUAAAUUGGAGGGAGAUCUGGGGCGAAGGCACUGACGCCGUGUUAGACGUUCCUGUUGGGGGUGUAUGUGAGGUUCUUUACGGCCAGGAAAGAGACGACGAUGAAAUUUUCGAUGAAGUAUCCGGCAUUGGAACGAAUGGUCCAGGGCAGGAAGGACACUCCUGAACUUCCAGAAAGAUGUACCGUACUUUGGUCAAUCGAAACAAGGCCAACUAUGGGUGCAGUAGAAUCGCUAUGAUUAUUCGUGCGAAAGUCUCCAUGUCGUCCGCAUUGUCGAUAGUCCAAGGUCCAAAGGAUGCCAUGGUAGCAAGGUUAUCUGCUGGUAUUGGAAAGACGUUUCCCACGCGGUUUUUGGCGAUGUACUCUGUCCACGCAGGGCCAUAUCUAAAGAAGGUG